AUGGAUAAUCCCGACUCGACCGGCGAACCAUCAUGGUUGGAGCUCUUCAUCGACCCUGCCGGCAUUUCAGCAGCACUUCUGGAUCCGGAAAAGAAAAAACACCUUCCACGACUACUUAUUCAAUUCACAGACAAGGCAUUUUUCGCCGAAAGAGAGAAAGAUAAAGGAAAACUAGCAAUCGAGGAAUUAAUGCUUUUCGAGAGGAAAUCAGCGAGUAUGAGGCUCUGUGCGAUGGCCACGUUCGCCGCGUUGAACUAUGAUAUCGAUUAUAUUCUUGACAACAUCACCCGGAACGAGCUGCAAACAUUACGAGUGCUCGCCGACAGUUUCUAUCGGAUUUACACUGAUAAAAACCUUGAUGCAUCAUUCGGAAACUGGCUUUUCUAUCGUCUCGUUCUAUCGAUUGAUCGACGAAACCGUCUGACACCCCCACAGCCACGUGCCACUAUAGCAAGUACACUGAGUAAUGGACAGUUGAUGCCGACUGAUCCAGCACUGUUGAGACACGAAAAAACACAACGGACUGUACAAGAAUUGAGGGAACAUGUGCUGAAAGCGAGAGCGUUUGUAACAGAAAUGUCGGAAGCGGCGAAGGAUUUGAUUGCUCCCGGUCCUCAGUGCUUUUUGAAGCCUUUUGUGGAGUUGGCGCCGAAAGCAAUGACAGCAGCAUUUAUUGGCGAUCGCGAUGUGCUCAUCGAGAGCCCAUCUGUCGAUUUUGAAGCGGAAAAAAUCCUGAUUCCAGCUGCUGACGUGGCGAAUAAAUGUCUCAGUGAACUCGUCACGUUUCUUUUCACUUCUGGAGAACUUCCUGAAGCGAGAAAACAUCUCCAUCGAAUCGUCCGACCGAAAUGCCCAUAUCCAAUGGUGGCGAUUGAUGAAGAAGUGUUUAGAUCCUAUUGUCAGAUACUCAAUGUUCAGGGAACCCCUUACUCAGUUACUCCCAACACAAUUCGUCCAUUUGUGUACGAUUUGAACACGUUGAACGAUGAAAGUAUGCGAAAAAGUGAGCUAUAUCGAUACCGAGGGGCUCAAGAGACGACUGGACAGCUGCAAAGUGUAUAUCGGGCUGAGAAUGCGGCGUUGUCUGUGGUGGAUGGACAUACGGAGUGUAUUCGGGAUGCGGUGAAGACGACGGCUGAAUUGGAGCGAUUUGCGAAGAUAUUGAAGAAGAGAAUGGAUUUGUUGACAGAUAAACGACGCCGCCAAAUAAUCCGUGCCCAUCUUCAAUAUUUAUGCGGCUCAAUUCCAGAUUUACGUGAUAUUCUGAAGACGAAUGGGGUUGAUGUCUCGGAACUGCGUACACUUGCAGUACCGUCAGAGCAUCGGCCUCUCGAAAGACCGCCAAGAUUAGAGCAGUUGGCGAAUCUUCUCCGCGGUAGCGAUCCAUUCUGGUCUCUGAUGACAAUAUUCGAUGUGAAUGCUCUGAAACAAGCUCUAAUAGAACUUGGUCCGUUCUGGUUCCCCACCAAAAUGCACAUCUCAGAGUUUCUAAUCGAAAGUUUGGAAAAACGAGUUAACACUCCGGCAUAUACCCUCCAACGUCUUCUUCUCGCCAAGUUGUAUCAACUGUCGCGAAUGCAUAAUUUCCAGGGAUUCGUUGAGAAUUUGUCAGCGUAUUCUGUUGAAUUGGGACAAGAUAUGAAUAUCGAUUUGACUUUUGAAUCAAUUCACGUGAAGGCGAUGAUCGGGAAUGAACGUAUGCCAUGGGAAAUCGAGUAUUUUGAGGCGACCACUCAGGAGACUUCGCUCAUUUUUAAUCCUGAACAUAUUAGAACGACAGACGGAAGUGCUAGAAUGAUUAAUCAGUGUCUCUCGUUAAUGCUGAAUCUAGGCGAUCAUCAAGUCGUGUUCGAGAAGGGAGGACAAAUACCCAUCGAAAUCUUCAAAUGUGUCCCAAUCGCCCGAAUGUUCGGCGCAUUUGUCAAGUCAUACGACGAGUUGGUCACUCAGAAAAAGUGUGCCGACGGUUUCUGGCGUACGAUGACACCGAAAUUCGUGGAUUCUCAACCGACACGUGGAUUGAGACGUGGCCACGAUGCGGAGAUGAGAAUUCAGGCGGCACGAAAGGAAUUAGUCCUCUUGUUUCAUAUGUUUUCAUUGUUGAGAGAAAAACGACUCGUUGAUUUUAUUAUUGCCUACGCUGUGUGUUUGCAUAAUAAGUUGAUGUUGGCACAGAAGAGUUCGCAUUUGAAAAUACAUGCGAGGCUGUUAAGCAUUUAUUCGCCUGAUACCAACUCAAAACUGGACAUUACAAAUCUCGACGACGUUCGUCAACUCCUCCAACUGAUGAUCGAAAGAGCGUAUUCCAUAUCCAACACGGAUCCGGACACAAUACGAACAUACGCUGAUUUUCUAUACGUCGAGAAGGAUUAUCAAGGCGCCGCGCAGAAAUAUCUGGAAUAUUUCGCAGCGAACGAUCCGACGUUUCGUCUUUCCACGUCUUCCGAUGUAUUCGAUGACACAAUUAUCAACAGAUUACGUAUUUGUACCGCCCAUUCCGGCUUCUUGACAAUGUCUCUGUUGACGUGUCAAUGGCUACAAAUGGGAAGAAAAAAUGCGUAUCAGAAGGCGAUUCAAUUGUUGAAAAAUAACGAAACGAGAGAUGUCGGAGCGAAUUGUGCGGAGUUUGUGACGGAUGUCACUGCUGUCGAAUUGUUGAGUCAACAUUAUCAACAGAAUCGAAUGACAAAGAGUUUGAACACAUUGUACGCCGGAGCGAGUUCCCUCUCCGCCAAUCAGAAUGUGCCUGGAGUGUUAACGAAGGAAGAACAAAAACGAAGGACGUGCAAACUGCUCACUUCACUCUCAUCCAUUUAUUUCGGUCUCCAUGUUUAA